AUGGACAGUAGGAUUGAGUACACUGUCAACAAGUUUACUGAUGACACCAAGCUGUGUGUUGCCUCUGAUUUUAUGCUGCCAGGCAAGGCUCAAAUUUUAGAGAUGCUUGCUGUCACGAAUCUUGAAAGGCUGCUGCUGUACCAGAGGUACAAGGCAGAGACUCUCUGUGAGUUAACUCCAGUUGGAACAACCAUCUUUACAGGAUUUUCUGGAAACAAUGGUGCUACUGACAUUGAUGAUGGUCCGAACGGCCAGAUAGAAUAUGUCAUCCAGUACAAUCCUAAUGACAAGACUUCCAACAGGACCUUUGAUAUUCCUCUCACUUUGUCUGGAGCAGUAGUUCUACGGGAAAGACUAAAUUAUGAAGAGAAGACUCGUUAUUUUGUGAUUGUACAGGCAAAUGACCGGGCCCAAAAUCUUAAUGAGCGAAGGACAAGUACAACCACCCUGACGGUAGAUGUGCUCGAUGGAGAUGAUUUGGGACCAAUGUUUCUUCCUUGUGUCUUGGUGAAUAAUACCCGUGACUGUAGACCUCUCACCUACCAAGCAAGCCUGCCGGAACUGACUGAUCCUGUAAGUCCUCUUCAUUUUUUGCAGUUGUCAUCAUUACUAUCAGAAAAGUCCCACCAGUGUUACUGGUUUUACUUCCUGAAGGGGUUCUCCCAUGUCGCAGUUAAAUGUGCUGUCUUAAACAUUGAUGACAGAGAGAGGUUUUGCCCUGUGAACCUGUCUGAUUCUGGAGCCAGG